AUGGGGAAAAAGAACUCGAGAUUGUUGAAUAGAAUAUAUCAAAAACCAUUGCCGAUUGAUGUUGCUGUGAAAUAUGCUGUUAUUUUGACAAAUCCGUUCUCAUGGCUUGGAUAUGUUUGGAAUUUGCUACGCGUCAAUUUCUGGGAUACAGUAAAUUUCAACAAAAUUGAUGUUGUUUAUGACAAUGGUGUGUUCAAGGUUGUUGAUACUGACUCGAUGGUUAAGUUAUGGAGGGAAGGCUUUUUUGGUAAAGGGAUAUUGUCUAGGUCAGAACCAACUUGGCAUGCUAGAACAGUAGCGCGACUCAAUAUAGUUAAUGAUGGGAAGCAGAAUAAUAUUGCCAUGGAAGAUGUAACAAAAAGUCGAAGGUUUGAAAGAAUUGAGUUUAAAAGACAGAGACAAAGGUUGCAGGAUUUACAAUUGAAACAGAGAAAAGGUUUGAUUACUGAUGAGGAAGUUACUGAAAUGGCAAAGUUGGAUGAACAGUUGGUUGAAUUUAGGAAAAAGGAUUUUAUUAAUGUUGGAGAGACAGAAGUUCAGAUACGAGAUGAAGAUGCUGAUAUUAUUGAUGAUGAAGAAUCUGUUGUUCAAUUGGAGUAUAUGCAAUUGCAAGCUGUCGAAGUGUUUUUCUUGCAAUUUGCAUUCAACAAGACCAGUGUUGAUAGCUUAUCCCUAAAGCAGUUGUUCAUUCGAUGCUGUCAGCAACAUGACUCUUCAAUCAAAGCCAAUAACAAGUUCAUCGUCAACUAUGUUGCAUACCACUAUUUCAGAUCGAAAGGUUGGUGUGUGAGAUCAGGUAUCAAGUUUGGAACUGAUUACUUAUUGUACAAACGAGGACCACCCUUUUCUCAUGCCGAAUUUUGUGUGCUGGUUAUGCAAGAUGAUUAUGAGCAAGGUAUUGGUCCAUAUGAUUGGUUUCAAAUAUGUGCUAAAGCUAGAGUCAUUGGAAGUGUAAAGAAGAAUUUCGUUCAAAUUUAUGUUGAAGCACCACUGCAAGUUGAAUUUGAUAAAAUAUUUACCACUAGUGACAUUGAUGAUGGGUUAAUGUUUAAGCAAUUAUUGAGCAAGUAUAGAGUAUCUGAAGUUUUGUAUAAGAGAUGGAACCCUAGCCGGACUAGAGAUUGA